AUGAAGCGCCUGCUUGACGGAGUGCCAGCUUUUGGAGCGGUCGUUUUAAUGAGUUUAACACUAGAGCCCAUGUCUGGUAUGGUAAUGCAACUGCACCGGAUACCGAGACAUGACCAUCAUUCAGAGCGGUACUUGAGACGCCUUAACAUUGAGGAGGAAGCACCAGAAGUGGUGCCACUACACCUUGGACUGGGGACACAUUAUACGUGGGUAUACGCUGGUACUCCACCUCAAAGGGCGUCUGUUAUUGUUGAUACUGGAAGUGCAUUGAUGGCAUUCCCGUGCUCGGGCUGUGAUGGAUGUGGUAACCAUACAGACCAGCCAUUUGAUACUGUGAAUUCAUCCACACUAGUCCACGUGACUUGUGAACACGAAACCAUCUUUCGAUGUAGUGAAUGCAAGUUACAGUCGGAUACAUGCAAAUUUUCGCAAUCGUAUUUAGAAGGAAGUACAUGGAAAGCUACGGUGGUUGAGGAUAUUGUGUAUCUAGGUGGCGAUUCGAGUUUCCAUGAUGUUUCGAUGCGCAAUCAUUAUGGAACACAUUUUCAAUUUGGGUGCCAAAAUGCCGAAACAGGAUUGUUUGUCACUCAAGUUGCAGAUGGAAUUAUGGGUCUCUCAAAUGCCGACAACCAUAUUGUGGCGAAAUUACACCGGGAGAAUAAAAUUCCAAAUAACCUAUUUUCACUAUGUUUUACCGAAAAUGGUGGUUCCAUGGCCAUUGGGGAGCCAUUUAAAUCAGCACAUCGUGGUUCUAUUGACUAUGUUAAGUUGCUGGCUGAUCGGUCAACUACCCAUUUCUAUAAUGUCAAUAUGAAAGAUAUUCGUAUUAAUAAUGUCUCGAUUCAAGCGAAAGAAGAAGCGUAUACACGUGGUCACUACAUUAUCGACAGUGGCACAACAGACUCGUAUCUUCCACUGACAUUAAAGAAUGAAUUUCUUAAAGUAUUUCAAGAAGUUUCCGGUCGUGAGUAUCAAUCGGGUGACAAAUGUAAGAGUUUUACCAUCACUGACUUAGCUUCUCUACCAACGAUUCAAUUGGUAAUGGAAGCGUAUGGUGAUGACAAGACGGACGUGAUUCUUAAUGUACCACCUGAACAAUAUCUUUUUGCCACUAAUGGUGCGUAUUGUGGAAAUUUAUAUCUUUCCGAAAACUCAGGUGGGGUCAUUGGUGCUAAUCUUAUGAUGGGUCGAGACGUCAUUUUUGAUCUUGGAAAUCAGCGCGUGGGUUUUGUUGAUGCUGAUUGUGCAUUUGAUGGAGUGAAUAGUACAACACCUCCAUUAAUUCACAAGAGUAUUAAUGUAAAUGCAAUGAAUCGACCGACGGCAGUGAAUCAGACAAACGUGUCUUCUCAUAGUCCUACACCUUCUAGCGAAACAAAACCAUCAGCAGUUUUAAACGUGUCGACACCUCAGUCAGCUUCGACAUCUUUAAAAAUUGAGCCUCCAGGUACAGUCGAGCCAAGUGUUGACUUGAAUGUAACAGUGCAAUCAAAUACAAAAGAAACGGCCGCAAUCACGGAAUCAACAAGCGAUUCGUCAUCUAUGGAGUCUGAAGCCUAUGAUUCGUCGUCUUCCGAUUCAGAAGCGUUUGAAACGUCAUCUUUAGAUUCGGAAGCUGAUACGGUCACCACCUCCGACAUGCAUCAAACCAUUCAACCUUCAUCUUUAGAUUCGGAAGCUGAUACGGUCACCACCUCUGACAUAAAUCAAACCAUUCAACCGUUAUCAAAUGAUAGACCAGAAGAUUCUGAGGCGUCAUCUUCGUCUGCUAUAGACCACACAGCAAAUACCAAAUCGUCUGGUACUCAUCCAUUAGUGCUUACGAUUGUCGGCGCUGUUUUGGUCGUUGGAUUUCUCGUAAUGAUGUUUAUUUCAGUAAGUCGACGAAGACAAAAGGAUGGCAAAGAGCAACUUUGGAGUCGUACAAAUUUUCACAAACAUCAACGAUUACAACAGGAAGAAAAGGAUCAUAGCGACAGCAGUAGCAACGAUGACGAAGACGAAGUGUUUGAUCGAAAUGUUUUACACGAAGAGUCCAAGACGGAACAGUCGACGUUAGAUCGACUUUAG